AUGGGCAUUUACCGGUAUGCAGACUGCGACGAUGGCACUGAUUUUUCCGGGAGUGAGCAUCGGCACUUCCGCAACUCCUUGAACAUUGCGCGCAACGCCGUCGAGUGCUGGAAUGCGAUGGACGUGGACGCAGUGGUGCAGCUGGGAGACAUCAUUGACGGUUGCAACGCAAAGAUGAAUGGCAGUGAGACUGCCUUGGCUGCCGUUCUGGAUGUGCUGGCAAGGGGCCCUGCGCGGCGCUUCGACUUGAUCGGCAACCACGAGCUCUACAACGUGAGCCGGGACAAGCUUGUUUCCUCCGGCCUGCGGUGUUUCGGGCCUGAUGGACAGACCUACUACUCAGCUCACCUGGGAGACCGUUGGGAGGCCAUUUUCCUAGAUCCCUACGAGAUCUCGCUCAUCGGACAGUCACAGGAGGAGUCCUCGUUUCGUGAAGCUACGGAGACCAUGCGCCAGCACAAUCCGGGCGUCCUCAACGGCGCGAAGGACUGGUUCAAAGGUUUGCCCACUUCCAAGCAUCGCUAUGUGCCCUACAAUGGUGGCAUCUCAAAGAAGCAGCUAAGCUGGCUGGAGAGUGCCCUGCGGGCCGCAGAGGCACAGGACCGAAAAGUCCUUGUUUUCCUUCACGUGCCCCUGUAUGAGCCCGCCACCAAAGCCAGGACCGUGGUGUGGAACUCGGAGGAAGUCCUUGGAAUUCUGCACUCCCAUCACGAAUCCGUGAUCGCUGUUUUUGCAGGGCAUGAUCAUGAUGGAGGCUAUGCUGUAGACGCGGCAGGCAUACACCACAUCACCAUGAACUCGCCCUUGACGGCCGAGCCCGGCAGUGACUGUUAUGCAGUGCUGGAGUGCCAUCCA